AUGAUUCUGCUUCGAACACUACAUCGCGAUAUUGCACGUUAUAAUCAGCUUGAUAAUGAGGAAGAUGCGCAAGAAGAAUUUGGCUGGAAAUUGGUACACGGUGAUGUAUUUCGUCCACCGCGCCAUGCGAUGUUCUUGUCUGUAUUCGUUGGUAGCGGAUGUCAGGUGCUCUUCAUGGUUGCCAUCACUCUUGGCCAUCUUUCCUCGUGA